AUGUCCAAUGACCACCGGUCAGUGGCGCUUCUUUGUUUCCGCCGGGCUGGCCUGCAUUCCGUUUGCAACAUUCGACCCCCGCCCAGGGCCCUUCGUAGAACAAACAGAUCGCAUCAUGUCCCCGAGAGCCCAUCGUCGUUCUACUUCAUCUUGGGCACUGAAGGAGACUGGCUUCUCUACUAUCUUGGCGACCGGCUCAUUUCACAAGAGGAGAUUGCCAAGGUUUCCGACAUCAUGGAAAAGCACUCAAUCGGGCCGGAGAAUACUCGAAUCCGGAAACUGGUUGAGGAUGGCAACCCAAUAACUUGUUGCACCCUUCACGUAGUCUUAUACGUCACCUACCUCAACAUCGGAGUUGAUCGCCCCUCCAAGCUCUUGAGACAUUGCCCAAAAACCAGGCUUGGGGCCAGGCCCACCACCGGGUACCUAGCUAUACACACCUUGAUCCCCGGGAACCCCCCUACAAAUCUAACUCGUAUUUCGUAGGCCCACUUGUCUAUCCUCAAGCACAUGCCUCAAGACGGAGGGCGGCGUCAUCCGCAUCUCCCAACACACGGAGGAGGACUCAACCGUCACCAUCCACCUCGACCUCACCAAGUUCGCCUCGCACGGUAAAUCCGCUCUGGGCCGCUACCUCGUGCACCUGCAUAUCUGGCGCUGCGCUCCAAAUAUCUCAGCUCGCAACGACUUAUACGAGCCUCUUUGUGCCGUCGAGGAUAAUGAUUAGAUUUGAGCUUGCCUAGUCAACGGCGAGAAUCAACGACAUGUCAAACAGAGAGAAAUAUCAAAGAAGAA